AUGGCGGACGAACCAGGUCAACCCCCCGCGCUCACCAGCCUGAACCUUGCCGAACAGGCCUCGGUACCCAAGUCUACUGGCCAAAUCGUGACACCCUUUGAUGUUUCCGGUGGUGUGGAUGAGUCCGGAAAGUUGCUCCCUGUCGAUUAUGACAAGUUGGUGCAGCAGUUCGGAGCCAGUCCUUUAACUCCCGAUAUUCUUGCGCGCUUCGAGAAGGUUACAGGCCACCGACCCCACCGUUUCAUGCGCCGUGGCAUCGUGUUCAGUCACCGCGAUCUUACCAAGAUCCUCGACCGUCAUGAGAAGGGCCAGCCUUUCUAUCUAUACACCGGCCGUGGACCGAGCAGUGACAGCAUGCACGUGGGACACACUGUGCCGUUUGAGUUCACCAAGUGGCUCCAGGACGUUUUCGAUGUUCCCCUUGUGAUCAUGAUGACUGACGAUGAGAAGUACAUGCAUUCUGCAAAGAUCGAGAUUGAGGAUGCCAAGCGGUACACAAAGGCCAACGCCAAGGAUAUUAUUGCUGUCGGGUUUGAUAUGAAGAAGACGUUUAUCUUCAGUGAUUUCGACUUCGUUGGUGGCGCAUUCUACGAGAACAUCUGCCGCAUGGCCAAGCGCAUUACCAUCAACCAGAUCCGUGGCACAUUUGGAUUCAACGACAGCAACAACAUUGGAGAGUUCCACUUCUGCGCCACUCAGUCUGCCACGGCCUUUGCCACCAGUUUCCCCCAGAUCUUUGGUAACGACUUCAAGAAAGUUUCUUCGAUUCCUUGCCUGAUCCCCUGCGCUAUCGAUCAAGACCCCUACUUCCGCCAGUGUCGUGAGCAUGCCGAGAAGAUGAAGUAUAAAAAGCCAUCGCUCAUCCACUCCGUCUUCUUGCCUGCCCUCCAAGGACCGGGCUCCAAGAUGUCUGCCAGUGUGGACAGCUCCGCCAUUUUCAUGAACGACACUCCCAACAAGAUCAAGAACAAGAUCAACAAGUUUGCUUUCUCUGGUGGUGGUGCCACUGCUGAGUUGCACCGCGAGCAUGGUGGUAACAGCAAGGUCGAUGUGCCCUUCCAGUACUUGACUUUCUUCCUUGAGGAUGACGAGGAGCUCGAGAACAUCCGCACCACCUAUGAGAAGGGUGAGAUGAUGACCGGUGAGAUCAAGCAGCGCUGUAUCGCUGAGAUCCAGAAGUACGUGACUGGGUUCCAGGAGCGUCGGGCUAAGGUCACUGAUGAGAUUGUGGCUCAAUACAUGCUCCCUCGUACUCUUGAGUGGAAGGGAAACCCCAACCCUGUGGUAGCCGAAAAGAAAUAG